GUAAUGUUGAAAUCAGGCACCAACAUACUUUACUGGAGAACUACUGGCAUCCUUAUGGGUUCUAAGGCAGUCAAGCCGGUUUUGGUAAAAAAUAUCACAAUUGAAGGGGUGGCAUACACGUCAGAAUGCUUCCCGUGCAAGCCGGGCACAUUUAGCAACAAACCAGGUUCGUUCAACUGCCAAGUCUGUCCCAGAAACACCUACUCUGAGAAAGGAGCCAAAGAAUGCAUAAAGUGUGAUGAGCACUCCCAGUUUUCGGAGGAAGGAUCCAGCCAGUGUGUGGAGCGACCUCCCUGCACCACAAAAGACUAUUUCCAGAUCCAUACUCCGUGUGAUGAGGCAGGAAAGACGCAAAUUAUGUACAAGUGGAUAGAGCCCAAAAUCUGCCGGGAGGAUCUCACAGAUGCUAUUAGGUUGCCCCCUUCUGGAGAGAAGAAGGACUGUCCCCCUUGCAACCCUGGAUUUUAUAACAAUGGAUCAUCAUCUUGCCAUCCCUGCCCUCCUGGAACAUUUUCGGAUGGAACAAAGGAAUGUAGGCCGUGUCCAGCAGGAAUGGAGCCUGCGCUUGGGUUUGAAUAUAAAUGGUGGAAUGUCCUUCCUGGCAACAUGAAAACUUCCUGCUUUAAUGUUGGGAAUUCAAAGUGCGAUGGAAUGAAUGGUUGGGAGGUGGCUGGAGAUCAUAUCCAGAGUGGAGCUGGAGGUUCAGAUAAUGAUUACCUGAUCUUAAACUUGCAUAUCCCAGGAUUUAAGCCACCAACGUCUAUGACUGGAGCCAUGGGUUCUGAACUGGGAAGAAUAACAUUUGUCUUUGAGACCCUCUGUUCGGCUGACUGUGUUCUAUACUUCAUGGUGGAUAUUAAUAGAAAAAGUACCAAUGUGGUGGAAUCAUGGGGUGGAACCAAAGAAAAGCAAGCUUAUACCCACAUCAUAUUCAAGAAUGCAACAUUUACAUUUACAUGGGCAUUCCAGAGAACGAAUCAAGGUCAAGAUAAUAGACGGUUCAUCAAUGACAUGGUGAAGAUUUAUUCUAUCACUGCCACUAACGCAGUUGAUGGGGUGGCGUCCUCAUGCCGUGCCUGUGCCCUCGGUUCUGAACAGUCGGGCUCAUCGUGUGUCCCCUGCCCCCCAGGCCACUACAUUGAGAAAGAAACCAACCAGUGCAAGGAGUGUCCACCUGACACCUACCUGUCCAUACAUCAGGUCUAUGGCAAGGAGGCUUGUAUCCCAUGUGGGCCUGGGAGUAGAAGCACUCAGGACCACUCAGUUUGCUAUAGUGACUGCUUUUUCCACCACGAUAAAGAAAAUCAGAGUUUGCACUAUGACUUCAGCAACCUCAGCAGCGUGGGCUCAUUGAUGAAUGGACCCAGCUUUACCUCCAAAGGAACCAAAUAUUUCCACUUCUUCAAUAUUAGUUUAUGUGGGCAUGAGGGGAAGAAGAUGGCUCUCUGUACCAACAAUAUAACAGACUUCACAGUAAAGGAAAUAGUGGCGGGGUCCGAUGAUUAUACGAAUUUGGUAGGAGCCUAUGUAUGCCAGUCAACUAUUAUUCCUUCUGAAAGUAAGGGUUUCCGAGCAGCCUUAUCAUCACAGUCCAUCAUUCUGGCAGAUACAUUUCUAGGAGUGACCGUUGAAACGACAUUGCAAAAUAUUAAUAUAAAAGAAGAAAUGUUCCCAGUUCCCUCUAGCCAAAUACCAGAUGUGCAUUUCUUUUAUAAGUCUUCUACGACUACGACAUCUUGUGUCAAUGGCCGGUCAACUGCUGUGAAAAUGAGGUGCAAUCCUACUAAACCAGGAGCAGGAGUGAUUUCAGUCCCCAGCAAGUGCCCAGCAGGCACCUGUGAUGGAUGCUCAUUCUAUUUUCUGUGGGAGAGUGCUGAAGCUUGCCCUCUGUGCACAGAGCAUGACUUCCAUGAGAUUGAGGGAGCCUGUAAGAGAGGAGUUCAGGAAACCUUGUAUGUAUGGAAUGAACCUAAAUGGUGCAUUAAAGGAGUUUCUUUGCCUGAGAAAAAGUUGUCAACCUGCGAAACAGUUGACUUCUGGCUGAAAGUGGGAGCAGGUGUGGGAGCAUUCACCGCGGUUUUGCUGGUGGCUCUAACUUGCUACUUCUGGAAAAAGAAUCAGAAACUGGAGUACAAAUAUUCCAAAUUGGUGAUGACAACUAACUCAAAAGAAUGUGAACUCCCAGCGGCAGACAGUUGUGCUAUCAUGGAAGGAGAAGACAAUGAGGAAGAAGUUGUCUAUUCCAAUAAACAGUCACUACUGGGAAAACUUAAAUCCUUGGCAACAAAGGAAAAAGAAGACCAUUUCGAAUCUGUUCAACUGAAAUCCUCAAGAUCCCCGAAUAUAUGAAAAGACAGUGCUGUAGCCUUCAGACUAAUGAACACAGAAACCUGAUCUCUAGUUCUACAGGACUGUAGCUUAGAUCCUGUCUUCAUAUCCAGCACGUUGGUGAUCUCACAGAGGGCCAUGCCGCUGAAAAGGGAAGGAGGUUGAAACGUUUGAUUGCCUUAUCACAUGUUCAAGUAUUUUGCCAAAAAUACAAAAGCAAAUGGCUUGGGUCUCAACGGAAGAUGAAACUCAACUCAGGAAGAGAUUAAUCUGUAAAUAGACAUAACUGAAAACCGAGGUUAAGCCCACCAGCGCACUGCUGAUGCAUGCCAUAUAAUUAAUGGGUAACUUUUAUUCUUUAUAACUUCUACAUAAAAAGUGUGCUUUGGAGGGCAGAUAUGAGCAUAUGCAUUGUGAUUCUAUUUAUGUCUUUUCUUUGUUUAUAGUUUGGGGGAAGAUUUGAAAAAUUUUAAGGUAUAGUUUUUUUCCCAUUAUUUAUUUUCCUGACCUUAAA